UCUGUUACCAGAAAGGAGCAUCUGCCUUCAUCCUGCACAUGCCACAAAGCAUGCCAUGGCCUGGGAGUGCUCCACCAAGCUGCCAGACCUCUCCCGGCGAGCAUACUGUGUCCAGCCCACAGCUCCUCAAGGAGGAAGAGGGCCCAGAGUAGGAGUACACCCUGAGCAGCUGCCUCUGAUCCCUUGGCCAAGCAGAAGGGAACCAUUAACAGUCUGAGAAGCCAGUCGGGAGCCUCAGGGACGCCCAGCUCACCUGCAAGAUGUGGACAGCCCUUGUGCUCACGUGGAUUUUCUUGUUGUCCCUAUCUGAAAGCCAAGUGGCAGCCAAUGAUCCACGAUUUAACUUUGUCCUUCACAAGGUGUGGAAUAAAUUAGUCAAGAAAGAUGCAUCUGUGCAAACCCUUACAACAGCUGAUAAUAACACGUCCGAGAAUACAGCCAUGGUGACAUCUUCUCCUGUCACAUUGACCACAGGGACUUUGGUAGCCAACCUCAACUCUACUGAAGUCACAGCAGAGACAACAAACAGGACACAUGCAGGCGCGGUAGCUACUACAGAAGGUAUGGCUGAUGGUGCGGCCUCCAGUGUGCCUGUGCCACCUGUCCCCACAGCCACAGGGCAGACUCUGUCCACUACUGCUGCCUGGCUUCCACCACUCAGCUCAUCCCGUGGGCAAGUGCCAAGUAGCACCACAUCUCUAAGGACAGUGACACUGACAACAUCGGCCACACGUGCGCAGACUGUUACAACCACAACAAACACAAGUGGUCCAACAAGUGCUCACAGCCCUUCCAAGCCCACGCCCAGAAACUCCACUGCAAGCCUUGCACCCCCCAGGAGUCCCCAAGCACAAGGCCCCACCAUCCCGAUGUCAAUGGACUGGUCUGUGGUUGACACAGCAAGUAGGCCCGCACCCCACUCCACCACGAGCCCAGAGCUCACCAACCCCCCCUCCACCAAGACUCCAGAGCCCACCACCUCCUCCUCCACCAGGACUCCAGAGCCCAUCACCACCCCCUCCACCAAGACUCCAGAGCCCACCACCACCCCCUCCGUGGUUUCAGUGCCCUCAACAGUGGUGACCACCACCAAGGAACAAGCUGAGGAGUCAGCUGCCAACAGAGUGCCAGUGCCUCACACCAGCUUGAGCCCUGAGGUGGAGGCCACAUCCCCCAUGACACAGCCAAGCCCUAUUCCAUCCAUCUGGGGAGCCAAAGGGCCAGGCACAUCCCAGACACCAGAGCUGGUGGAGACCAAAGCCACACCUGGUACUGUUUCCACUUGGCCAAUACCCAGGAGCUCAGGGGACCCUAAGAUGCCAGCCACGGACUCAUGCUUGCCCAGCACCCAAGGCCAGUACUUGGUGGUGACCACCAAGCCCCUGAUCCUACCCCCAGUGAGCAAAACUUUUCUCCUGGUAGUGCUCUUACUCGGGGUGACCCUUCUCAUCGCAAUCCUGGUUUUGUUUGCCCUGCAGGCCUACGAGAGCUACAAGAAGAAAGACUACACCCAGGUGGACUAUUUAAUCAAUGGAAUGUAUGCAGACUCAGAAAUGUGAGGCUGGGGGGGCCCGGCCUUUGGUGGCUCCAGUGGGUGCUGGAAGGCUGGGCCUCUCCCUCGUCCUUUCACCAUGCCUCUGAG